ACAGUAUCUUCACUAGAUCUGCAUCUUAAUGCCUUCACCGAUAGAGAAGUUGUCCACGAGAGAUUAUUCACUAACUCACAUGGCGGCCUAAAUUCCUCCACCACCACACAUUAAUGGUGUGGAAGCUAUACAUUUAGUCUUGUGCCAUAUAAAAAUGUCUAAUGGAGGAGGAGCUUAGGGCACCAUGUGCCGGUGCUCUAGUUCCCUCCACCAUCAUACAUUGUUCUAGGACUCAUACACUGAUCUUCGGCCCCAUAGGAAUGUGUGGUGGCCAAUACAGUGAUACAGGGCACCCCGUAAUGCCAAAGGGACACUGAAUAAUUUUUCGCCCCACCUAAUGAGCACCCCAAAGUUGCUAAAUGAAAAUAAUGGCACAGUGGUUGUCUGGUUGAAGCCAUCAUAUGCGAUUUUCCCACUAAUGCUUUUUACAUUGACCUAGAGGAGCCCAAGAUGUUACCAUUUCAACUCACUUCUAACUUCCACUUAUUCUUUUGCCUAAAAAGGUUAUUAACCAAACAGGCCAUACAUGACUUUAGCUUCACUCCUACUCAAAACCCACAAACAAAAUAAGUUCUUCAUGCAUCAAUUCUGUUGCCAAAAUUCCCUCGACUUCUCCCUUUAAUUUCUCUCAGCUGUGUUAAGCUUCUCCUCACUUGCCUUCCCAUGGGCAGUUUAAUGAAAUCUCCCAGGGUUAGGCUACCUCUCUCCAUUGUUACCGUUUUAAUCUGCGUUUUUGCCCUCGUUGCUCUCUUGUACACUGAGAGAAUCAGCUCCUCAUCUUCCAGCUCCAUAUUCAGGUUCAAAUCCUGCUCCAAACAGGGCACUACAAGAGAUGAGGAAACUAUGGUGGAUGCUCCAGUUAAAACCGAAGUGGAUGACAGGUUCGAGUUUGACCCAAAUGAGUGUAGUGUUGCCCAUGGGAAGUGGGUGUUUAAUAGUUCACUUAAGCCUCUGUACACAGACAGGACAUGCCCGUACAUUGACAGGCAAUUUGCCUGUGCCAAAAACGGACGGCCUGAUUCUGACUACCGGCACUGGGAGUGGCAGCCCGAUGACUGUAUGCUGCCCAAGUUCAAUCCUAGAGUUGCGCUUCAGAAGCUUCGCGGAAAGAGGCUGAUGUUUGUUGGCGAUUCCUUGCACAGGAAUCAAUGGGAAUCGUUCGUGUGUCUUGUGGAAUUCGUCGUACCAAAAGAUCAGAAGUCCAUGAGACCUGGCAAAUCUCAUUCAGUCUUCCAACUGAAGGAAUACAAUGCUACAAUUGAGUUCUACUGGGCUCCAUUUCUAGUCGAGUCAAAUUCGGAUAAUCCUAUCAUAGGAGAUCCAAGGAAAAGGAUACUUAGAGUGGAUUCAGUUUCAAAGCAUGCCAAAUACUGGGAAGGUGUGGAUAUAUUAGCAUUCAACACUUACGUUUGGUGGAUGAGUGGUCCGAAGAUGAAGUCACUAUGGGGUUCAUUUGCAAAUGGUGAAGAAGGAUUAGAAGAGUUGGAGACACCAGUUGCUUACAGAUUAGGAUUGAAGACCUGGGCUAAUUGGAUUGACUCAACUAUUGAUCCAAACAAAACCAGGGUGUUUUUCACUACUAUGUCCCCUACCCACACAAGAAGCGAAGAUUGGAACCGCAAGGACGGAAUCAGAUGCUACAACGAAACGAAGCCGGUGAUGAAGAAAGGCCACUGGGGAACCGGUUCGAACAAGCGGAUGAUGAGCGUGGUGGCGAGCGUUGUGGAGAAGAUGAAAGUCCCGGUCACCGUCAUCAACAUCACGCAGAUAUCAGAGUACAGGAUAGACGGACACGCUUCGGUUUACAGCGAGUUGGGUGGCAAGUUGCUGACCGAAGAGCAAAGGGCUGAUCCCUCACACUAUGCAGAUUGUAUACAUUGGUGUUUGCCUGGCAUUCCUGAUACUUGGAAUCAAAUAUUUUUAGCUCACUUGUAGCCAACGAAUGCACACAAAUCUGUGAUUUUAGGCACUGGGAUUGCUCUAGUGGUUCAGACGGAUGCCCAAAGAGUACUCAUCAAGGUUUGGGGUUUGAUUUACCACCGUGUGAGUACACUGAAUUAGGUGGGGGCCUAUGAUUGGUGUGGCCAUGCUAGCUCUCUCGGAGGUUUGGGUUGACAGUUAAUGGACCAGCUGUAAGGCUGUGCCUCCAUUUAAAAGAAAGAAAAAAGAAGUCAAUUGGCAAUUUGUAUGUUGUGUCUAUUUUUUUUUUCUAAAUUCAACUGAGGCAAGUAUUUUUUUUCAUGUGUAUUUUCUUGCAAUUUGGCAAUUUUUUGGAUAAGCUGGUGCUAUUCAAUAGUACAUCAAACUUUGAUAGUUGAA